AAGUCAUGUGUUUACAAAAUGUGCAAAUUGAGCGUAGCUCUCUGUUUAUUAGCAGCUUCUGCAAUAGUGUCGAGUGAUAAUUUCGCAAAUCCAAAAGUGUUCCAUUUUACAAAAGAUCAGAGCGAAAGCAAUGGUUUCAAUUUUGAAUACGCAUUGGCUAACGGGGAAAAGUUCAUUGGCAAAGCGACCCCUUUGCAUAAUCUUUUAUCGAAUAUCUACGUGAUGAUGGGCGCCAAUGACUCAUUUUACUGGGUCAAUUUUUCGAAAGAUGAUCUGAAGAAAGAUUCUUUUGAUAAAUCUGCGAACUAUGUCAAACUUAACCGAGACAAUGAAGAUGACAUAAUUGCCCAUUUGGAAGACGACUUCGUUUCCUAUCAUAUUUACAUGGAUGGCAAACUGAUCGGAAGACCUAAAGAGACAUUUUGGGAUGUGAAUAAUGUUGCCUUUCGACUGACUGAUUUCAAAGAAAAAACAUUCAACUAUGUCAUCUCGUCGACAAACACUGGAAAACAGCACAGAAACACAACAGCAUACACUGAUGACCCACACAUUCAAACGCUUGGGCUCGUACCAGAUUAUCAUGAAUGUUACUUAUUCACAGCUUCUUUCACUGACAACGAACUCAAUUCAACUGAAAUCAUCUAUAAACAAUUGGAUCAAAGACUGAAGGAAGACUGUGUGAACAAAGAGAUUGCUGAAUUAGAUUUUAAAUUUGAUGACUACUUUCCUCCAGUGGAAAUCGAACCAAAUCUCCUCAAAAGCUUGACUGGGUAGAUUAUUUGGGGCUAGAGAUGGUUUUCAGUAUUAUUGAGUAGCAACAUUUUCUUCAGCGAUGUUCCAAUAAGUUGUAGUGUUGUAAUAAAUUUUAUUUUCGAAGUAUUCGAAGCUCAAUGGAGCAGCGGACUUGUCGUCACACGCAAAGAUGUAGCAUUCCGCUUGAUUUAGCGAUUCGUUAGUUGCCGAAACAUCGUCUAUGCAGUGCACUCGAUAUAUAACGUGAGAUCCUAAUAUUCGGUAAGCCGAAGUAUAAUUUCGUUUGCAGCGUCGCGCAAUUCACGUUAGAUAUAACAUCGUACGUCAUCGUAGUAGCCAUUGGUCAUUCGGCCAACCGAAUAUUGGGAUUUCACUUGAUAGAUCGAGUGCACUGCAAAGACGAUGUUUCGGUAACUAACAAAUCGUUAAAUCAAGUGAAAUGCUAAAUCUACGCUUGCGACGAGAAGUCCGCUGCUUCCUUGAGAGAUGCAGUAUUUUUUAGUGACUUUUCGCCCAUUUUAAUGUUACUUUGUAGAUUACGUUAUUAGUUGAAAUUUGUUUUUUUUUUCAAAUAAAAUUAAAACGAAAAUGAAAUUAGUUUAAAGAAUACAUCCCAUUUAUCAUUGUUUCUGCAUUGAAUUGAUUUGUGAAGAAACUAAACGGUCUUGCUAAUUGAUUCGAUGAACUAUAAUAAUCCAAAAUAAAUGCGAGAAUAAAUGUUGAAUGCUCA